AUGAUUUAUGUUAAAACAAUGAGAAAAUCUCUCUUCUUUUUCUUAUGGUAUUAUUUGAAUAUUUCCAAAACUAUAAGAGUAAUUGAAUUGAAUCUGCCAAUGAAGGGUGUAGAAUAAUUGAAAGCAGAUAUAGAUUUAUAUGAUGGUAAGAAAAUUCUCUUGUUUAGGGAUAAGUAGAAUUUUAAAGUAUGUUUGUAAGUAGGUGUGAUUAUUCUAAACUUUCAAAGUAUUUAAUUCCCCAACGACUGAUGAAGAGCAGGACAAGUUUUUGAUUUAUAUUGUUGGAGAAAUUCAUAAAUUAAUAUUAAUAUUAAUCAUGUAACAACAUCAAUAACUGAAUGUGAAUGUACACAAUUGCUUUCGAAGACAGAUUGUACAAAGAGAACUUCACUUGGCUGUUCAUGGGAUGAAACUAAAAACACAUGCUCAAAAGGCACUGUUACUCCUCCCGUGACAACAACUUAUGCAUCCUAUUGUUAAAGCUUCACACAAGCUGAUUGUGUAAAGACUUUUGGAUGUUUAUGGAAUACAGAUAAAUGCACUCAUUUUACAGGAUGCACAGCAUUUAGUAAGACCAUAGAUGAUGAUUGCAAAGCUAUAUCAAACAGAUGCAUUACAGAUGGAGUUCAUUGCGUAGAGAUUGGAGAAUGCAAAUCAUAUUUGAAAUAGGUCUCAUGUGUAGUGAAUUCGGAUAAAAAGGAUUGUUUCUGGAAGGAUAAUGCUUGUAUUGAUGCCACAUUGUGUGAACAAUAUCCAAAAACCCUAACAACUGAUGAACAAUGUAGAGCUAAGAAUAUCAAAUGCACAGUUUCAAAGACUGGAUCUGGAUGUUAGGAUAGUGCUACAUCAUGUGCUUAAUAGGAUGGAGAAUUGUAAUGCAAAUUCGGAGAUUAGGUGGGUAAAUAGAAAUGUUAUUGGACUGGAACUGCAUGUGUGAAUAGGACUUGUGAUUAAGCUCCAACUUCCUAUACGAGACAUGAUCAAUGUUAUACAGACUAUGAUACCAGUUGUACUACAAAUGGAGCAGGAUGUAGAUCAAUAACUACUUGUAGUGAUGCAAAGGUUUAAGAGGGUUGUAAAAUUAAUAGUUCCAACUAAUAAUGUAUUUGGGUUGAAGGUGCAUGUAAGGAUUAUAAAUGUGAUUCUGCCCCACCUUCAAAGAAUACGAAUAUCUUAUGUAAUGCCUUUAUCCCAGGAUGUGUUACAAAGAAAGAUGGAGGUUGUAAAGAUAACGGUGCUUGCAGUUCUCUUGAUGUAAUUGCAUGUGAGAAGGAUUCAAAGAAUUAACCUUGUGUAGUUAAUGGAACAUCAUGCAAAGAUAAAACAUGUGACAAUGCCCCUACUACAAAUACAACUCAUGAAGCAUGUACUUUAUAUCUCCCCACUUGUACAGUAAAUGCUACUUUAAAGGGAUGUAGAACAAGACAAUGCGAUAAUGCACCAACUACCUUGAAUUCCCUUACCGAAUGUAGUAAUUAUUUGUCUGGAUGUAUACCAAAAAAAGCAGGUGGUUGUUAAACUCUUACAACAUGUGAUAGAAUUGAUGUUUAAGAUGUGUGUCUCAAGGAUUCAACUUAGAAGGAUUGCGUUUGGGAUAAAGAUUUGAGUAAGUGUCUUGAUAAGACUUGUGCAAAUGCACCUGCAGAUUCUAAGACAUCACAUGAAAAAUGCAACGGAUAUUUGCCAUCCUGUACAGUUAAUUCUUAAAAGAAUGCUUGUAUUGAUAUGAUUUGUGAAAACAUUGUGGAAUCUUUAGAUUGUAAAGUUGAUAAAAACAAUUAGAAAUGCAAAUAUAAGAGCACUUGUUAUAAAUAAGAAUGCCGUUUAGCAUCAUAAACGAUAACUACAUAUUCUGGAUGCUAAUAACACAUGCCAUCUUGCACACUUGACAACUCUAGUAAAGGUUGUAUGCCAAUUCCUCCAAGUUGCAGUGCUAUCAAAACACCGGAGGGUUGUGUUUCCAAUUCAUUAGGUGGAGAUUGUGCAUGGGCAGGCAGUAAAUGUCAAGAUAAAUCAUGUGCCACAGCACCAUCAACUACAACCGAUAAUACUGCAUGUGGAAGCUAUAAAAGUGGUUGUUUAGUAAACAAUACUGCAAAUGGAUGUAUUGAUCCUACUACUUUUGCCUGCACAUCCCGUUAAAUUGAAGACAACUGUUAUUCAUCUGUAGGAUUUAAAUGUGUCUAUAGUCCUUCUAAGAAAUGUUAGGCAAGAAGUUGUGACACUGCAGCAGAUACUACAAUUACCUCACCCAGUACUGGUGGAUAUCUCACAACAUUCAGCAAUUCAAAUUGUGAUAACUAUUUGACUGAUUGCGUUCUUAAUAAUUCAGGUAAUGGAUGCAGAACAAAAGCUUCUGCAUGUGCCGAUUAUAAUGAAAAGAAUUGCACUGAAAAAACAGCUGCUGGUAAAUCAUGUUAUUUGAACUCAGAUAAUACUUGUGUUGACCUAGUAUGUGAAAAAAUUAAGUUAACUUCUCAUACUGCAUGUGAGGCUGUCUCAGGAAUGAACAAGACAUGUACAGUAGCUAAAGGUAGUAGUCCAACUGCAUGCAUGACUAAAUUGGACAGUUGUGGAUAAUAUGAAUAGAAUUAAUGCAAAAGCACUAAAUCUGGAAAAAACUGCAUUUGGGAUAAAAGUGCAUGUAGGGAAGCAACAUGUUCUGAUGCCACAGACGAUGCUUCAUAUAAUACACAUAAAGAAUGUAAUGAUUAUGUUAGUACUUGUACUGUUAUCGAAAGAGUAGACAAUAAAGGUUGCAUACCCAAAAAAGCUAAUUGUAGUGAAUAUACUUCUUAAGCAUAAUGUGUUCAAAAUUCUGCAGGCAAUUCAUGCUAUUGGAAUGGAAAUAGUACAUGUGUGACUUUAAGUACCUUGACCUGUGCUUAAAUUGUUUUGACAACAUAUAGUGAUGCCAAUUGUGAAGGUGUUAAAUAUUCUUGCAAGGCUAAUAGUGCAACAGCUUGUCAAAAUAAAGUUUGCACAGACUAUAAAAAAACUAACGGGCUAACAACUGGCACAACUGCUGUUACAACUGAUGAUCAUUGCAAAGACUUAGAUCCAGAUUGUACUAUUGAUAAUGCUACUGUUACAAAAGCUUGUAUGACUAGGCCAGCAACAUGUACAGGAACAGAUACAACUGUAUGCACAUUCUCUAAAGCAGGAGAAUGCCUAUUUGAAAAUGGUGCUUGUAUAUUAAAAUCAACUUGUAGUUUGAAAACUGGAACUAAUUUAACAUAUUAAUAAUGCUAAACUUAUAAUUCAGCUUGCUCUGUCAAUCUUGCUGGCACUGCUUGUGUUUAUUAACUAGCUACUUGUGAUAAGUAUACAACGCUUGCACAUUGUAGAAAAUCUGCAGCUGGAUUAUGUAAAAUUGAUACAAAUUGCAAAGCUGUUGAUGCCACAUUAGAUUGUACCAAAAUUGUUAAUACUGGCAGCAUCGUAUUAUCAUAUGAGAUAUGCUAAGAUUUUAGUUCAUCAUGUUCUGUAAAUGCAAAUGGGUCUGCUUGUUUAGAAAAAAAAGCGUGUGCCUCGUAUACUGCAGCUAGUGGAGCUGAUUGUGUAAAGGGUACCGAUGCAACAUGUUUCUGGUAAACCUCAGGUACUGCUUCAUGCAUACCUAUUUUAACAGCCAGCACUGAUUGUGUAAAAGUAGUUGAUGCAGGAAAUGCACUUACAGAAGAUAAGUGCUCAUCAUAUAAUUCAAGUUGCUCUGCGAAAACAGAUAAAUCUGCAUGUUUUGAAAAGAAAGCAGCUUGCUCUAAUUAUUCAGAUACAAAUUCUUGCAUAAAAACAUCAGGAGGAGCUAAAUGUUAUUGGAACACCUCAGGUACUGCUGCUUGUAUAGAAAUUUCAACAGCCAGCACUGAUUGUGUAAAAGUAGUUGAUGCAGGAAAUGCACUUACAGAUGAUAUAUGCUCAUCAUAUAAUUAAAGCUGCUAUGCUUUAUCAGAUAAAUCUGCAUGUUUUGAAAAGAAAGCAGCUUGCUCUAAUUAUUCAGAUACAAAUUCUUGCAUAAAAACAUCAGGAGGAGCUAAAUGUUAUUGGAACACCUCAGGUACUGCUGCUUGUAUAGAAAUUUCAACAGCCAGCACUGAUUGUGUAAAAGUAGUUGAUGCAGGAAAUGCACUUACAGAUGAUAUAUGCUCAUCAUAUAAUUAAAGCUGCUAUGCUUUAUCAGAUAAAUCUGCAUGUUUUGAAAAGAAAGCAGCUUGCUCUAAUUAUUCAGAUACAAAUUCUUGCAUAAAAACAUCAGGAGGAGCUAAAUGUUAUUGGAACACCUCAGGUACUGCUGCUUGUAUAGAAAUUUCAACAGCCAGCACUGAUUGUGUAAAAGUAGUUGAUGCAGGAAAUGCACUUACAGAUGAUAUAUGCUCAUCAUAUAAUUAAAGCUGCUAUGCUUUAUCAGAUAAAUCUGCAUGUUUUGAAAAGAAAGCAGCUUGCUCUAAUUAUUCAGAUACAAAUUCUUGCAUAAAAACAUCAGGAGGAGCUAAAUGUUAUUGGAACACCUCAGGUACUGCUGCUUGUAUAGAAAUUUCAACAGCCAGCACUGAUUGUGUAAAAGUAGUUGAUGCAGGAAAUGCACUUACAGAUGAUAUAUGCUCAUCAUAUAAUUAAAGCUGCUAUGCUUUAUCAGAUAAAUCUGCAUGUUUUGAAAAGAAAGCAGCUUGCUCUAAUUAUUCAGAUACAAAUUCUUGCAUAAAAACAUCAGGAGGAGCUAAAUGUUAUUGGAACACCUCAGGUACUGCUGCUUGUAUAGAAAUUUCAACAGCCAGCACUGAUUGUGUAAAAGUAGUUGAUGCAGGAAAUGCACUUACAGAUGAUAUAUGCUCAUCAUAUAAUUAAAGCUGCUAUGCUUUAUCAGAUAAAUCUGCAUGUUUUGAAAAGAAAGCAGCUUGCUCUAAUUAUUCAGAUACAAAUUCUUGCAUAAAAACAUCAGGAGGAGCUAAAUGUUAUUGGAACACCUCAGGUACUGCUGCUUGUAUAGAAAUUUCAACAGCCAGCACUGAUUGUGUAAAAGUAGUUGAUGCAGGAAAUGCACUUACAGAUGAUAUAUGCUCAUCAUAUAAUUAAAGCUGCUAUGCUUUAUCAGAUAAAUCUGCAUGUUUUGAAAAGAAAGCAGCUUGCUCUAAUUAUUCAGAUACAAAUUCUUGCAUAAAAACAUCAGGAGGAGCUAAAUGUUAUUGGAACACCUCAGGUACUGCUGCUUGUAUAGAAAUUUCAACAGCCAGCACUGAUUGUGUAAAAGUAGUUGAUGCAGGAAAUGCACUUACAGAUGAUAUAUGCUCAUCAUAUAAUUAAAGCUGCUAUGCUUUAUCAGAUAAAUCUGCAUGUUUUGAAAAGAAAGCAGCUUGCUCUAAUUAUUCAGAUACAAAUUCUUGCAUAAAAACAUCAGGAGGAGCUAAAUGUUAUUGGAACACCUCAGGUACUGCUGCUUGUAUAGAAAUUUCAACAGCCAGCACUGAUUGUGUAAAAGUAGUUGAUGCAGGAAAUGCACUUACAGAUGAUAUAUGCUCAUCAUAUAAUUAAAGCUGCUAUGCUUUAUCAGAUAAAUCUGCAUGUUUUGAAAAGAAAGCAGCUUGCUCUAAUUAUUCAGAUACAAAUUCUUGCAUAAAAACAUCAGGAGGAGCUAAAUGUUAUUGGAACACCUCAGGUACUGCUGCUUGUAUAGAAAUUUCAACAGCCAGCACUGAUUGUGUAAAAGUAGUUGAUGCAGGAAAUGCACUUACAGAUGAUAUAUGCUCAUCAUAUAAUUAAAGCUGCUAUGCUUUAUCAGAUAAAUCUGCAUGUUUUGAAAAGAAAGCAGCUUGCUCUGAAUAUUCAGAUACAAAAUCUUGCAUAAAAACAUCAGGAGGAGCUAAAUGUUAUUGGUAUACCCCACCUGGAGGUACUGCUUCUUGUAUAUAAAUUUCAACAGCCAGCACUGAUUGUCCCAAACUUUUGAAAACAUAAUUGGCAGGUGUUGCUACUUCUGAUACCAUAUGUAAAUAAUACAAUGCUUCUUGUGUGCAAAAUGGUGAUGCUACUUCUUGUGUUGAAGUAAAAACAAAAUGCUCUGAUUAUACUGGUUCUUCUACAAAUUGUGUAAGCACUUCUGGAGGAGUUAAAUGUUACUGGAAUACAAGUGGAACUCCUGGUUGUAUAUAAAUAACUGCAACAGAUUGUGCUAAAGUAACAGGUUCUUCAUUAACAUAUGAUAUUUGCCAAUCCUAUAAUACAAACUGUAGUGUUAAUAUUGCAGGUACUGCUUGUGAAGCUAAAUCAUGUACAAAUAAGCCUACACCAUGGUCUCAUACUUCAUGUUCAACUUACUUGUCAACUUGCACAGCCAAUAAAGUUACUUCAGCUGAUGCAUGCAAAGUUGCACCAACUAAAUGUUCAGAUGUUACUGUUUAAGCAGACUGCAUAGGUUCUGUUACAGAUGCAGAGUGCGAGUGGGUUGCUGGUAGCGAUGGAGGAUAAUGUGUGAAAAAGACUUGUUAUACUAAAUCAUAUUCUUCUGUAUUGACUCAUUCUAAUUGUUCAACUUAUUUAAGUUCUUGCACAGUUGCAAAAGUGGGAGGUUGUAUUCCUAAGGCAGCAUGUAAUACUUAUUUAUCCUCUGAAUAAUGCACAAAUGUUGGAAGUUGUUUCUGGAAUGGAAAAAAGGCUUUGACAUGUGUAGAUCUUUCAUGUGAUAAAAUUGAGGAUUCCUACAAUACUCAUACAUUAUGUAGUACAAUUACUGGCUUGAAAUGUACAGUUAAAUCUACAGGAGUAGGAUGUUAAAAUAGAUAGACUGCAUGUUCCAGUUAUAAUGAUAAAAAUUGUUAUCUAAAUUCAGCUGAAUGGCCAUGUGUGAUGGUUACAUAGGAUGAUGGUUCAAGUAAAUGCAUGGAAAAAGCUUGCACAACUGCAGGAAGUUCCUAUACUGAUCACAAUGGUUGUUAUGAUUACUAUAAGGCUAUUGCUGGAACCAAGAAAGCAGAUCAUUGCACAGUUGCUAUGGUGACCAGUGCAGAUGGAACACCUUCUCCUUCUGGAUGUUAAAAGGUUGGAAAUUGUACUGAUUAUAGUUAAGCAUAAUGUUAUGUUGAUUCUGAAGGAAGAACCUGUGUUUGGGAUGACACAACUAAAUGCAGAAUUAAAACAUGUGACACAGCACCUGAUACAGAGAGUUAUGAUAGUGAUGAUGAAUGCAAAUUAUAUUUGGAUGAUGGUACAUGUACAGUUGCAUCAGAUGAUAUGGGUUGUGUUGUUAGACCAGAUAAAUGUGAAGGAAUGACUAAAAAGUAAUGUGUUAAGGAUAAAGCAGGAAAUGACUGCGAAUAUUUGGACGGUGCAUGCUAUACAAAAUCUUGUUCAACUGCCCCAGCUGAUGUAACCACUAAAGAUGGAUGUGCUAGUUAUUUCAAUGGAUGUACUUUGGAUGAAAGUAGUAAAUGUAAACUUGAAAUUUGCGAAGAUUUCAUAUUCACUACAGAUGAUGAAUGCUAAAAAGCAAAAGCAGGUUGUACUACUAAUGGUACUAAAUGUGUAUUGAGAACUUCAUGUUAAGCUGUCACUAAUAAGGCAGGAUGUGUUCAGGAUGAAUCAUAAGGAAAAUGUUAAUGGUUGACUACUAGCAACACUUGUGUUUUAAGAACUUGUACAACAGCUCCUGUUUCUACUGAUUAUGACACUGAAGCAGAAUGUAUAGCCUACAAAGAAGAAUGUACAACUAAGUUAGGAGGAGGAUGUGUUGUUAAAUCAACAUGUUCUGCUGCAACAGCAGAAUCAGCAUGCAAUUUUGUUGCAGGUUAACCAAAUAAUAAAUGUACCUGGGAGAAUAAUAAAUGUAGAGAUCAAGGAUGUUAAGAUUUCUCCUUUGCUACUCAUGCAGAAUGCAAAGCUGCAACUAAUAAAAUUAAAUGCACUGCUGGCUAGAAUGGUAAAUGUACCACCCAGUCAACUUGUGAAGCUGCUACAGUCAGAGCUGCUUGUAUUGAAGGAUUGUAUAAUGGAGGAUACUAACCAUGUCUUUGGAUUCCUGAAGCAAACUCUGGAAGUGGAGGUUGUUUCCAAUAUUCUUCAUGCAAGAGUCUAAAUUGGACAGAUCAUACUGAAUGUUAAAAGAUCUCGAGCUAAUGUACUACAGAUGGAUCAUCCUGCUUGGCUACUACCUUAUGCACAGAAACAAAUACGAAGGGAUGCAAAAUUGGAUAUGAUGGUCCUUGCAUUAAAACUGUUCCAGCAAUUGAUUCAAAUGAUUCCGCUAUUUGCAAAGCUUAUACUUCAUGCACUGAUGCAUUCUAUAAGACUCACAAGGAUUGUUAAGAAGCAAGUACUAAAUGCACAACUAAUGGUGUAACAUCAUGUGCUCCACUUGCCGCUUGUUCAACUUAUGGUAUUUAAGAGGCAUGUGUCAUUAACAAUGUUGGUCCAGUUGUUGAGUAGUCAACUAAUUUAAUUACAUCAACAGGUUAAUGUACUUGGGAGAAUAAUACUUGUAGAGAUUAAGUUUGUAAGGAUCUUAAAGGAAUAACUCAUUCAUAGUGCUACGGUUUACUUAAAGGUUGCACUUCAGAUGGAACUAAUUGUUUAGCAAUUUCUACUUGUGCAUCUUAUACUACUUAAGUCACAUGCACAACUGCUAAUGGAUCUGAUGGACCUUCUGGCAAAUGCUUAUGGGAUCCUACAGCCAAUAACAAAGCUGGAGCAUGCAGAGUUUACCAAUGUUCAGAUAUUACUGGAGGCAUAUCAACAACUGUCUGUCAAGCUGCAUUAUCAACAUGUGUUUCCAACGGAACUAUCUGUAUUGAUUAAGCAAAUUGCAGUAGUGCAUCAUAUCAAAAUAAAAUCUCUUGCAACUCUCUAGGAAAGGAUGGAUUUUGUGUCUUCACUAAAUCCACUGCUACAGGCGCCACUGAGAACUAAGGAACAUGUGCCUUGAUGACAUCAUGCACUUAAGCUAAAAGUGAUCCAAAGGCUUGUGCAAAUGCCAAAGAAAAAUGUUCAUAUACUCCUGAAUCAAAAUCAGGAACAACAACCAUUCCUAGCAAAUGUGAUCCUCAUACCUGCGCUUCCAAUAAGUAAACUAAUGGAAAUUGCUCUAAUUUCUUCAGUUGGGAUUCUAAAUCUUAAUAAAUUUGUGUUGUCGAUGGUGCUGAUUGUAAAGAGAAGGACCCUGCUACUUUCACCUAAGAUUAAUGCUAUGUGAAUUCAGGAUACACCUAUACUUGGAGCACAACUACUAAUAAAUGUGGAGUAUGCACAGCUGUUUAACCUAAUAAUAAUAACACCACUGAUCCUAAUACAACAACUCCAAACAACACAGAUACCUCAGGGUACAUUCUAGGUUUCACAACUAUUAUCUUAGGAUAUCUAGUUUUCUGA